AUGGCUGCCUAUUCGGAGAGGUGCGUGGACGCCACCGUGCUGGACUUCGUCGCGGACCUGUCCCUGGCCUCCCCGGGGCACCCUCUCUUCUGCGACUUCGCACCUGGGGGUCCUUUUGGGGACCGAGACCUUGUGCUCCGCGAGGGAAGACGCAGGAGGCUGGCACGCUUUGAGGAGGAGGAUCCAGAAGAAGGCGAAGUAGACGAGGGGGAGGAGGAGGAGGAGGAAGAGGAGCAUGGGAGAGGCGCAUCCCCGCUGGGCCGUCCCAAGAGGAAAAGGGUGAUCACCCAUGCCCAGCGCCAGGCAGCCAACGUCCGCGAGAGGAAGCGGAUGUUCAACCUCAACGAGGCCUUUGACCGGCUGCGAAGGAAGGUGCCCACUUUUGCUUACGAGAAGAGGCUGUCCCGGAUCGAGACCCUACGCCUGGCCAUCGUCUACAUUUCCUUCAUGACCGAGCUCUUGGAGAGCUGCGCCAAGAAGGAAACCGGCUGAGUCCGGGAGGGAGGGAGGUGCGUGCCCCUCCUCGUGGGCGUGCGCGGGCUUGGGGCGCUCCAGGACCCGGCUGGGUGCGGCUGAGAGACCGGGAGGGAGUCUCUAAGACAGAAAAUCCGGCGCUCUGGAGCUGUGUCCGCAGCUGAGAAAUCCGCACAGCUCUCGCCGAGAACGGCAGCCCGGGAGUUAAAUAGACACGCGAUUGCUUUCAAAGUCUGGGGCGCCCGAGGAGGUAGAAUUCGCUGUGGAGGCAAACUUGCAGAGGCGGCUUCUGCCGGCCUGCUGGGUGGGGACGUAAUCCUUUCCUCAAACUGCAGACUUCGGCGGCUUUAACAGAGUCCAAACUCUUUACUUCUAAAAAAUUUAGAAAUAAUAAAAUAGACAUUCCUACUUUUUUAUUUUUUUCAAGCCUCAACCGUCGGUGCAGCCCAGUUCCGGGCAGACGCUCGGUUCCGGUCUGAGGGCUGAGGGACGU